AUGUCGUCCACCAGCAACGCCUCCAUUGACAAGUUCAACGGAGACAAUCACGCAACGUGGAGCCGGUACAUGCGCGGUGUGUUUUUGACGAAGUCCGUCUGGCACGUUGUCAACCGUGAAGUGACUCCGACUUUCACCGACCCGCGAGCGUCCGAUGACUACGUCAAGGCAAGCAACGUCGCGUUUGGUAUGAUGCUGCUGCACAUGAACGCGGACUACCAUCAUGUGCUGGACAACUGCGAGGAAGCCUGGGUUGCGUGGACAAGUCUGAAGACGCUGUACGGUGGGUCGCAGAAGGCAGGACGCAUCUACCUCAAGCGACAACUUUUCAGUAUCAAGAUGGCUGAAGGCGCGAACGUCAUGCAUCACUGCAACGAGGUCCUCAACAUCUCCGCCAAGCUUAGCGGCAUCGGUGCGAAGAUGGAAGACGAAGACGUUGCAAUUUGUCUGCUACUCAGUCUUCCGAAGAGCUACGAAAAUGUGGUGCUCAACAUGGAAAUGAGCAGCACCGAGCUUCGCACUCAAGAUGUGGUGAGAGUCCUGACGAAUGAGCAUGCCAAGCGUCAAGGAGAAAAAGGGACAACGACAGCGACUACGGUGAAGGCUGAAGAUGCAAGCAAGGCAUUCAGCGCCGAGCGUGAGCCCUACCAAUGCACGUAUUGUGGCAAGGUGGGACACACGGUGGAUCGUUGCUGGACAAAGCAGAAGAACGAAGGUCGGGGAGCCCGACGCGGCGGCAAUGGUCGUGGACGCGGGGCUAACAAUGUCCAGUGGGGACAUCAUGAUGAAGGCAAUGGCUACGAUCGAGUGGCGUUUGCAGUCUCGUUCGAAUGUGGAGUUUCGACGAGCAAGGACGUGUCUGGAAUGUGGGCCGUCGACAGUGGUGCAACGCACCACAUUUGCCACGACAAGACCAAGUUCGCAAGUUUGGCAGAGCGCAAUGAGGGCGAACUUUGGUGGCUGAUGGCAACAAGGUGGCCAUCAAGGAACGCGCUAUAUGUUCCAAGUAUGAGCAAGAACCUGCUCUCGGUGCCACAGAUUAACAGCCAUGGCAAGUUUCAAGUCGUGUUUGACGGGUCCAAGAUGUAUGUGACUCUCAAGAACUCACAGCAAGUGGUGGCGACAGCGGAUCUCGUGGAUGGACUCUACUGGCUUCGGACGACUCAACGAUCAGCGAAUGUGACAACAAGUGGAACCAGUUGUGCCGAUCUACAUGCGAGAAUGGGUCAUGCUACAGUCGACGUGCUUCGCAAGAUGGUCUCCAACAACAUGAUCAAAGAUGUGGGAGUGCCUCUCAAGUCAAGUGGAUCAGGUACAUGUCGAGGAUGUCAGCAAGGGAAAAUGGUCCAAAACCCAUUCCCAAGCAAUCGUGACAAGCGCAGCUACGAUACGUUUGAGCUACUUCAUCUGGACAUCUGCGGGCCCAUGGAAAAGGAUUCGCUCGGUGGCAGCAAAUAUUUGCUGCUGAUCAUCGACGAAGCCAGUGGAUGCAUGAAGGGCUUUUGUCUACGAGUGAAGUCCGAGAGUGAAGACUACAUCCGGAAAUAUAUCACCAUGGUACAGACGCAAUUCUGUAAGAAGGUCAAGUUCGUGCGACACGACGGAGCUCGCGAGUUUGCAACCAACUCGCUUCAACUGUUCUACGAAGACGAAGGCAUUGAACAGCAGACAACGGUGCCGUAUGCACAUCAAACAAACGGAACAGCAGAGCGUGCCAUUAGGACUAUUGUCACGAUCGGCCGCAGCAUGCUUCAUCAUGCCAAACUGGACAAGUGUUUCUGGGCCGAAGCAGCGAUGACGGCCAUCUACGUCAAGAAUCGACUGCCGUCACCUAAAGUCGUGCACAAGACCCCGUUUGAGAUCGUCUACAACUUGAAACCAAGCGUCAAGCACAUGCGAACAUUCGGGUGUCAGACAUACAUACUGACGCCUAAAGAGAAUCGACUCAAGUGGGAUCCAAAGGCUCGUGCUGGCAUAUUCGUGGGCUACGAAGAAGUUUCGAAGGCAUAUCGUGUUUAUGACAUCGAGGCGGGGCAGCUGCGUCAAAUGGAGUACAAGCAAACAGGCAAGCGCAAGAACCGACUCAAUGAUGAAGAUACAGCAGCUCCACGACCGCGUGCAGUGCGUCAACGACCAGGACUAGAAGAGUCAAGCGCGCCGGAAAACAACUCGUCACGCCAAGAAGAAGACGAAGAAACGAAGGAUUCUGGUGAUUCAACACCGCCUGUGUUUUGGCGUGCGAGUGCAAAUGCCGUUGAAGCAGCAGUGGACUUAUCAGAACCCUCAACAUUUGAAGCAGCAGUAAGCGGCCCUGACCAAGUGCACUGGAGAAAAGCAAUUCAUGCAGAGCUCGAGUCAAUGCGACUUCGCGGUGUGUUUCGUGCAGCCAAGCUGCCCAACGGACAACGCGCCAUUGGCACAAAAUGGGUGUUCAAGAUCAAGCGCAAGGCGGAUGGGUCAAUCGAGAAGUACAAGGCACGACUUGUGGCCAAGGGUUUCCGCCAAAAGUAUGGCAUCGACUACACGGAGACGUUUUCGCCUGUGGUCAACUUGAUGUGGUGA